AUGUCUAGGGAUAUUAUUGACGGUCAUGCCCUUUAUCUGUUUCAAUUCGGUCCAAUGCCCACCUCUUCCCACCGCAACCUCUGGAUCAACCCCCUUUCCCUCCCUACCCUUCAAUUUAACAUCACGUCAGCUCAACAACACAUGAGGGCUCUGCUCAUCUUAAUUCGCCUCUGUCAAAUCUGA